AUGAAUAAUAACGGUAUGCAACAAAGAGCCCAGAAUAUCAAUAUUGGUGGUCCACAAAACGCUAAUGGCCAACUACCAAGAGUUCAGAACAAUCCAAAUCGAUUCGACAGUGCUAUUCAACAAUACAAUGAUUUAGUUAACGGUGCAGAUCCGUUCACCAAAACGCAAGAUAUAGAAAACCCACCACAACAGUUUUCAAA